AGGAAUAUAAGGCUACAAGCUGCUGUAGUCGGUCUCCACUGGAACUGGAGUAAAAUGGGAUUUUGACUGUAUUUUAGUGGCGAGAGAAGUGAAUGAUCCACAUGUGAAUGAAUGGCGACAACAAUGCAUUGAGAUCAGUGUUUGCAUGGGAAACAGCUCAAUGUGUGUGAGCGAGUGUGUGUGUGUGUGUAGGCUCGGGACAGGACACACUCAGACAGAGGAACCAGGCUAAAGGCUAAAGAAGCUCAGAGGCUGUAAUCCCCGGAUGAAACCAUCAUGGCUGCCACUCGCUGAGCUGUCAAGCUCUCCACAAAAGAAAAGAAAGCUGAAAACCCAUGGAUUCGAUGGAUCUCUCUGCAGCUACCUCCGCAGGAGAUAAGAAACAGCGUUUCAGGAAGAAGGGCAGAAACAGGCGCAGAAGGCUCCCCCUCAGGAAGACUGCUGUUCAGCCCCAAACUAUGCAAAGUGAAGAUAAGUGUGGACCAAAGAAGAUAGCAGAAGAGUGGGUGCAAAGCGAAGUGUGGCCUUCAUCAAAGAAGACCUCCCAGGAAGCCCAGCACAGCCAGCACGGGACAAACGACAGUGAGAAAACACUGAGGUUCACAUGCUCUCAAUGCAGCGACAACUUGGAAUAUCUUCCCAAAGACUUGGUGGGACACUUUGAGGACAAACACAGAGGGAGCCCGCCAGUCUUUUCCUGUCAUACAUGUACUUUUAAAACACAUGAGUUCUCCUACCUACAGAUUCAUCUAUUAAGCCACAAGGACACUUUUUCUUGUUGCAGCAUUUGUAAUGACGACGUUCAGCGCACAUGGCCUGAAUUCAGUGCACACCUGACUAUGUGUCACUGCCAAAAUGGCAAAUAUUCAUGUCAGACGUGUCAGAGAUUCUCCACAGGUGACGUUAAAGUAUUUCUAGAACAUAUAUAUGCACAUAAUUUGGGCCUGGAAGGAGUGAACAGUGAUAUAUCGCUGCGCACAAAAGACAAGAAUCAGUUUGGGCCUAAACCAACCACUUUACGUUGUCAACACUGUGGCUAUGAGGCAUCUCAGAAAUGGCUGAUUACUAAGCACAUUAAAGCUGUCCAUGUUUGCCAGAAUGGUAACCAGAGUCGGAGGAAAAAGGAGGAGGUUCAUUCCAUAGCAAUGAAACCAAAAGACCCAAUUCCAAAAAUUAAGCCUAGAUUAACAAGAAGUGCAGUUAAGGAAAUGUGUUGGCUGACCCAGGACUGUCUGUCCCUGCCAGGCAGAGAGUUCCUGGAUAAAUACUGCCACCUUUCAGACCCACAAACAACACUAGAGGAGACUCAGCAGUUUUUGAUGAAAUCUGUCGCCAGGGAAACCGGUGACCAGAAAUGGACCAAGGCUCUGAAAACCGUUUUGUCGAACGUCCCUCAAGACGUGACUCUUCAUCCAAAGUCGGAGAAUGGAAUCAUGUCGAACUCGUCUGACCUUACUGUCCUCACGGUCAAGAACAAGAUAACUGUAGCACAGAACGGCGCCGCUUAUGCCAAAAGGAUGAGAAGGAUGACGACAUCAGAUAAAGAGACCGUUUUCCCUGAAAGUGCUGCUGAUGAUGCUCGGUGUGCAGUAGACCAAAAUGGGUGUCAGUCAAAUUUGAAUGACUGUCUACCUUGUCCGCAGACUGAAAGCAAACUCCACAACGACGUCUCGGUGUCAGCCCAGAGCGAGGCGUCAGGGUGCACGCAAAUGCAGGAAAACAGAGAGAAUCAGGAAUUAAAGACUGAUCAGGAAAUGGAGGAACACGGGAGAAAACAGCAGGAGCCCAUGCAUGAGGAUGUGAUUAAUAUCUCCAGUGAGCUGAAGUUGACGAAUGAGAGCGCGGAGCCGACAUCCAUCCGUAAAGUCCUACCAAAAAAUAAGAGACGAAUUCGAAGACGGAAAAGAAGGUCUAAAAAAGUGUAUAAGAGAUCCUCAGGACUGCCCUUGAAAAUAGUGCUGAAGAAGAAUCCCGUGAAGGAGAAGCAGUGGGUGUCACAAAGCUCUUUGUCUCCAUCAGGAGGUGAUCCCAUGGAUGACAAUCAUGGGCUGCCAACUCCUCAUAUAACAACAGAGAAGACAGCACAGGUUCUAACAGAGAAGAAAUGGACCAGAGCUUCCAGGACUGAUCUGCGUGAGCCAGCUGAAGCCAUCACUUCAGAUCCACAAUCAAAGCCAGGAGAAGAGCUCAGCCCCAGUUGUGCUGCACAGCCAAUGGGGUCUAUAAAUAUGGACGUUGACGAGCCCGGCGUGCUCGUAAGCUCGUUGUCGAUCCAUCAAGAAAUGCAAGAUGAUCCAGAGGAGUCACUGCAUUUCUCUGAAACAGAUGUUGAAGUGAGAAGUUCAGCUGGUAAAUCAGGAGCUGUGGCAGAGACUGAGGUAGAGAUGUGCCCCAAGAACUCACCGCUCCAAACAUCAGGCAGUAGCGUGGACCGCCGUGAGCCAGACGAUAAGACGAUUUCAGCAGCUGAUGGAGAGACUCAAAGCAGUUACACCAAGUCUUCCCCUGUUUCCCAACCGGCUAUUACACCACAGGGUGAGGUAAACCUGGAAGACUCGAGCCUGGCUCUGUCUUCAGAGAAGAGUAACCAUAGUGCUGAGGGGAUGAGAGACAGAGAAGUGCCUGCAGACUCCUGCCCAGAUCUCCUGCGCAGCACUCACUUGCCUGUGGGGAAAGCCAUCCAACAGGAGCCCUCACCAGCCUCUGGGCACCGGUGUCAGCCGGCCCCUAAAACCCAGGAGAGGACCCUGAAGUUAGUAGCCAUAAAUCCAUCUCAGUUGGUGAAGCGUCCGGCGAGAGACCAGCCUGUUGUGGUGCUAAAUCACCCAGAUGCCGACAUCCCCGAGGUGACCAGGAUCAUGGAGGUCGUCAACCGGUACCGAGGAGAGGUGCAGAAGGUGGUGCUGUCCCGCAGGACUCUGAGUGCUCUGUCAGCCAUAAACAGGGAGGCCCCUGAGACGUACGACCCACCAGAGGUCCAGUCUGACUCUGCGCGCCUCACGAAAAACUCUGUACAGGAGAGGUUUCUUUUGAGGUUGAAACUUCGCAGGUUGAGCAGAAAAAAGUAUGAAGUAGUGGGCGCAUUCUCUCCCAGCAGGAACGUCGCGACAAAGUUCCGCUGCUGGUUCUGCGGCAGGGUGUUUACAAGUCAGGAAAUUUGGAUUGACCAUCGACAGCGACACCUGAUAGAGUGGAAAAGGCCAAACUGUGAAAACUCUUGAAUGUCACACACACUGGAUGAAAAACACAACUAGUCUGGAAAAACAUGAUGACUUUGCAAUACAACAAAACAAUAACAGAAACUGUGAUAGCCACUCUCCUUUUUAAGGUCUUAAUGAGUGUUUCUUUUUAUUUUAUUUUUUUUGGAAUCAUUCUCACACUUCCUGGAAGGUUCACAUUCUCAGGGUGAUUAAAACAUUUACCUUCGUCUCUCUCCCAGUAUGAGUAGCUUGAUGCAAACUCUUUGUAGAUCAGUAAUUAUUUGUGCAGCCACAAGGACGUGGUGUCGACAACUUAGUUCUUUAUAUAUUUUUGUUGUAUAAUGUCUACGCAAUAGCUUUAUUUAAGGUGAUUUAAGUACACUGUCGUAUGGAAUCUUUUAUAGAACACUGUAACAUGUAUAUUUGCCAUACCAUCUGAGUUUUAUGAAUCAGUUUAUGUACGGGUAGGCUAUACAGUGUGGUAGCUAUAAUAUUUAUGUUUUUGGAAUGGGAUACAGAGACCCACAGGUUACUCAGAUAUACCAAAACUUUGUGUUAAAGAAAACAGACAAUAAGCUGUUUUUAUUCAACAUUUAUUUAUGACGUUAGGUUUAGUCUUUUCAUGCUUUUUCUCAUUGCUUCUUGGGCCUUUGAAAAAAAUCUGUUCAUUUGUACAAUUUUUGUAUAAUCUCAAAAUUCUGUUAUGGUUCAAAUAUGCUAUUAUCUUUUAAAAGUUAUUUCCAUGCAUUAUUCAGUUGGAGGAUUUACUCCUAAAGACAGGAUUAAUUUAAAAGAGUGAACCAUUGUUCUGUGACAUCAAUGAAAUACUAACAAAAUCGUUUCUUUUUGAAAUCUGGAUAAUUUGCUCGUGUGUUUGUUUUUCUCUCAACAAGUUUCCUCUCUUUUGACUUGAAAUGAUCAUCUUAUCUUUUAAUUGCACUAUGAAAGGAGGAUUUAUAUUCCCCGUUACCUCACCUUAUCAGGCCUAAGCCUUUGACAAUCUCGACCAGCGUCCCACUGUGGUGAAACAUUUCCUUAAGCAGCCAUGAUCCCCGAGUAUUCACAGCAAAGGGAACUGUGGCUCGUCUUUAUGUGUGUGACACUCAAGGAAUAAUUGGACAGAUGUAAAAUUUAUUGUGCACGUACCCCCAGAUCUGGAGUGUCAGUCACUCGCUGUGUGUGUACACGCGCGUGUACACUUUUUCGAUUUUGGUAAAAAAAAUUAUAUUUGUAUAUAGUCCGGGAGGAGGUACUGUAAAAUAUUAGAAUAUAGAAGUUUCACAAAGUGCCUUGGCGUAUCGUUAUGCAACCAAUGUGUAUGAGUGUGACAACAUUAUUUGUUAAAAGGAGAAUAAAUCGGACUGUUUAUUUUCUCAUGACUGAAGACGUGAGUUGAGUUUUACAACACAAGAAAAAGAGUUUUAUUAAAAUCAAAAAUAUACAACCCUGUGCUUUUUGGCUUUCCGAAGUUCGGCUCUCGUAACUGAAUUAUGUGUCUACCUGCUUCCCUCUGCUACAGCAACACUGUCUCAUUCCUUGCAUUCAUUUUGAUACACUGUUUACUGACAGAGCAUUACAAAAAAAACUUAAUAAAACUUGAGUUAAAACGU